AUGAUUUCUUACUUAGAGAACCAUCGAAAAGGGUUUCAAAAGGCUGCAGGUAUCGCCGGAGGCCUGUACCUCGUUCGAGGAUACAUUCAUUCACGUCUGGAGGAGGUGAAGGAGAAAAUCGAAUUAGAAAGGUUGGCCCAAGAUAUUCUACAUCGUCGGUAUGAACAGACUCAGGAAGACGUGGGAUAUACGGUCAUGGCUCUACUAUCGAAUUUAGGAGAACAGAUUCUGGAAGAGAUGGAUGUUGAGGCUGUGAUUGGAGAGUUGCAAAUGAUGUCGAAUAAGAGCUUUUUGGAAGGGUCGGAAUCGAUGUCGGCGUCUGUAUCCAGUUCUAUAUCCAGUUCAAGCGCUCUCAGCACUUCUGGCUUACAAGGAUGGGUAGACGCUGCAGGAGCACAAGCUCACUCACCAACAGGAUAUUCCUCUAGUGAAGAAACCAGCAGUGUAACGUCCGGCUCCUUCAUAUCAAACAUCUCCACUAUCGAAUCGGAACCAAAUUCCAGUUCAGCAUCCGUCGCUUCCUUGCCUUCCACCUCAUCCGACCCUACCUCUUCUCGUUCCAAAGCUCAGUUAUGGAACUCUGUGAAAUUACUCACAUUCACACGGACAUUGACGACGAUAUAUUCCAUUUCUCUGCUCACCCUCCUCACUCUCACCCAGCUCACGAUCCUCGCACGCGUUAAAUAUAUACGCGCCAUAAAACAUAUGUCUUCAGAGGAAGACCAAGAGGCUGCAUUAGAGGGCGAGCUGGGCAUGUCUAACAUGCUUUUCAUGGCACUCAAAGCUAGAUUUGGGAUUCCUCAACAGCCCUUAUUAAAAACAUUCUUACCCUCUGUUCACGAACUGUUAUUUGCGCCCGCAGAUGACGAAGACCUGCCCGAACAUCCACUGUCCAAUAUCGCGUUCGAAACUCUCAGCGCAGACUAUCUCACUCUAUCCUACUACUUACUUCACAUUGGAUGGAAAAAUCUUUCCACCCACAUACAAUCUGCGGUUGAAGAAGUACUCGAAGGCGUAUCGCUCAAAACGCGUUUAUCAGAAAGCGACGUCCACAGACUUUUGAAAGAUAUGAUGCAGCGAGUGGCCCUAGAAGGCUUGACUGCCUCGAUGCUUCCAAAUACGGAGGAUAUGGUUCGUAGCGUGUUAGUACUUGGAGGUCGAGAUGACCACGACCCUUAUUCCCCGUCGCAAGGAGCAGCACUUUCCACCUCGAUGGAUGAUCUUCUUUCGGAAACCCGGACACUUUUUUCCUCUUAUCGUUUUACAGAGGUGCUGGAUACAUGUGUGGAUUGGGCUGUGGAUAGUUUGAUGAAAUCGUUCGAAGGCGAGGGCCGCGUCUUUGCAUCUGGAGAUGCUGAAGCACCACGCGUCCGUCUUGCUUCUAUCCUUCCUCCAUUAGCUUCCUGGUCUCGAACCUCCCUUCUGGCACUUCCGAGUGAAUUGGUUGAUGGUAUUUUGGCCAAAGAUGAGACACGGACGUUUAGUGCUUGGAUAUGGGCCAAAUUUGAGUUGGAAGUUUGA